AGCUGCUUUGGCUCCAGGCGGCGCGCCCUUCUCCAGUAGGCCUUCUACGCCCCUGCCCACGCCGUCACAGUGCGGCAGGCAUGGCGUCGGCGGCCGACAAGUCGGAGCUCAUCAGGCUCGCGCGGAAGGGUAAGGUCGACGGCGACGACGGCUUCCGGGUAAAGCUCCUUGAUCUGGAGAGGGGUGGUAUCAAGGGCCCAGGGCACGACUACGGGCUCGACUUCAGCAAGAAGCCGUUCUACCGCACCGCGCUCUGGGAGGCGACGUGGAAGAACCACGAAGCAAUCGUGAAGCUUCUGGUCGAGAAGGGCGCCACCAUCGAUUUCAAGGACUACCAGGGCCGCACGCCACUCCACGAGGCGGCCUUCUACGGCUACAGGAACCUCGUAGAGUACUUCCUGGACAAGGGCCACCCGAUCGACCCGCUGGACAACUUCGGUCAGUCGCCGCUGUUCCGCGCGGCGGAGGCUGGCCGCGACGAGAUCGUCGAGCUGCUGGUGAGCAGGAACGCGUCGACGAACCUCCUCGACAAGGACGCGACCACUGCGCAGCACAUCUCCCGUCGCCUCUUUCCACGGACGGCCAAACAUGUCCGAGUGGCUGCUCUUCAACGGCGCCUGGAAGAACCGCUUCGCGACAAAGGACGUGGGAAUUGCCGAGCAUGCCGGCUCUAAGGAGCCCGUGGCUGAAGCCGACCAGAGUGAAGCGGCGGCGGCUGCGCCGUAGGAGUCUGAUCCUCAUUCGCCCGUGCGCUUACGUACUCAUUGUACCAUACAGUGCCCGUCUUCUGCCAGUCCUUCCCGCCCCUACCCACCUUGCUUUUAAUUCUCGGUUACUGGGCUCCCUUGGGGACCUUGUUUAGGUUUAUUGUCUCGCCCUAGCUUUUGGGACGGCCUGCGUUUUUCCAGGUCGCUACCCAGACGGAUCAUCAUCCUGAAUUCCAUCCUUGGUGUUCUCAUGCUCCCAA